AUGGUAGUUCUCUUCACAAAUCGCAGACGAGAAGAGCUUGAAGACGACGACUCAGGGAAUUUUAAGGAGCUCGCGGACAAGUUCGUAGCUCGAUUCAUCUUACGUACGGAUGGGAUACAUACCUCGAAGGGGCUGCUAAAGAUUCAACAGGGAGAAAAUGAGACCUUAAAGUCCUUCGUCAACCGAUGGCAGGCGGCUACCGCUAAGUGCUGGGACCUUAACAAAGAACUGGCUGAGCUGGCUUUUAGGAGGGUCUUAAGACGCGGAGAGUUUCUCUACGGGAUCAACCAUCACCCCCCGGUUAGCUACGACAAGCUGAUGGCUACGGCCAUCAGGCACGUUCAAGCCGAAUUCAAAACAUAUAGGGAUAACGUCAGACCAGAGCUAAAGGUCUCUAGCCCGGCCCCAGUGGUCAGGGAUGAGCCACGAAAGAGGGAGUGGGUCCAUAAUCAGCAUCGAUCACCCCAUACUUCGAGCAAGAGAAGCAAAGAGUCCUCGUCUAGGUCUAACGGUUACAUUACCAAUCUGCCUCGCCGGGAAGAAAGGGCACAGCAGGCCCCGCCAACACCACCACCACCACCACCACCCCGGUAUGAGGUGUUCACUAUCCUCAAAGCUUCGUAUGAAACUAUAUGGAACGAGAACAAGGAUGAGAUACCUGGACCACCACCAAGGAAGUUCCCGAAGAGUAAACUUACCCAGCAGGACACCGGAAGGUUCUUUACAUAUCAUGAGGAUGCCGGGCACAAUACCAACCUCUGCGUGGCUUUAAAAAAUACGAUCGAGUCGCUUAUUCAGAGGGGCAAACUUCAGCGGUACCUGCCUACUAAAGAAAUAUGA